AUGUCUGGCGAUUUUCGUAAUAACAGCACUGCAAAGAAACACCUGCUAGAAUCAUACAAGCUCAUGUUGGACUUUUAUGGCAUCGAGUUGUGCGAUGGAGAAACAGGAGAAGUCAGGAGAGCACAGCACUGGCAAGACAGAUUCAACAACCUUAACAGCCACACACACAACAGCCUGCGCAUCACUCGCAUCCUGAAGUGCCUGGGAAACCUGGGCUACCCUCACUACCAAGCCCCGCUGGUCCACUUCUUCCUGGAGGAGACUCUGGUCAAUGGACACCUUCCGAGCAUCAGGGACAGCGUCCUCAGCUACUUCAUAUUUGCUGUACUUGACAAGAGUCAGCGCAGAAAUCUCAUCAAGUACGCUUAUAUGAACUAUGAACCUAAAGAUGAGUUUGUGUGGUGCCCAAAGAAAAUCCAGAUGUUGUGGUCCAGGGCUGUCCAAACUGAGAAAGGAGGAGGCUCGUGACUCUUCAGAGUCAAAGAAGGAGAGUCUCACUCCUGACAGUGUAGCACAAGAAGAGGAUUUGUAUCACGAUGCAGAAUGUAAGUUUAAUAUGAAUGAAGAUAUGCAGACUUCAAGUGGCAGCGAUAAUGGAGACUGAUGACAAUGAAGAACUUCUGCAAGUCUGCCAAAUAAUGCUGAUAAUGCUGCACCUUGUAUGGAAAGUAUCCAAUGAUUUAGUUUUUACAUUACUAGUAGAUUAUUGUGCUUUACACACUGAUAACACACUGAGCUAAAUGGCAUCAUUCUUUAUGGAAAUGUUAUUUCAGUAUUCAUAGUGUGAGGUUUUAUUCAUAAUUACUCUGAAGCAUUCAGAUCUGUGUGGAUGUUUUCCACAAACUGUAAGUGCUAAUGUUGUUG